AGUAACUAGUUAUACAUAAUGUGUAUAAAUUUUUGUUCCUGGCUGUUAUAACAUGAUAUAGGAAAAUAUUGUAAUCAUAUCAAAUUUAACUCUGGGUUUGAAAAAUCUUGAUAUUUUGAGAUCCCUGAACCAAAAAGAAGUAAAAAAAAAAUAACAGUAAAAAUUUUUCAGGUGUGUAUGUGUUGAUGUCUAUUUUGUUAAAUAUUUCAGGAUGGGAUAAAGAUUAAUAAAUAAAAUUUGGCAUGGUAACUUAUAUACAGGGUGACAAUAAUUAACCCAAAGUUUGUAGCAAUGCUGCACCUGAACUUUUUUAUCGUCACCAAUUUACAUGUUGUUUAAUUCUCCGUGAUUUCCUGCCCAUGUAGAUGUAAUAUAAGGGUUAGUUCUUUAUUUUUUAAAGAUGUCAAACAAACGUUGUGCAAUUUUGGAGCUAUUCUGGCAAGGAAAGCGUCGAUGUGAAAUUGUUUGUUUGCUUGGUGUUCCCAAAAUGACAGUCUCGGAUGCAGUUCAGCAAUUUAAGGAGCUUGGUCAUGAUGGUGAUCAUCCCGGAUGUGAAAGAAAGCACACCAUCAACACGUCUAGGAACUGCAAGAUCAUCAAAAAGCAAGUUGACCGACAUGCAAAGAUCUCCAUGAGAAGAAUUGCUAGUGAGAUUGAAAUCAAUUGCAAAUCGAUGUGGUUAAUGGUGAAAAAGGAACUUGGACUCAAGCCCUACAAGUUCCAAAAGGUUCAGCUUUUCACAUACGGCUUGAAAAGAAAAAUCAUGUUCACAGAAUUUUUACUGGAUCUAAGAUUGACGUGUGACGCUCUCCAAGAAUUUUUAGAACUAAGCUUGGAACUACAGAACCACAACAUGGACCUAUAUAGGGCAAAUAACAAAAUAAAAAUGCUAGUACAAGUUUUUGAAGAAAGAAAACAGAACUUUGGGCUCUAUUAUAGAUGUGCUGUAGAUGCUGUACGUGAUCUUCACUUUCAUGGAGUAAAACUCCACGAAAAAGAAUCAAGAAAGGAUCCAGUCAUUGACCCAAGUAAAUUUUAUACAAAAUUGAAAGAGUCAAUCGAAAGAAGAUUGCUUGAUAGCAAAGAUGAUGAGUUGGUGAAUUGGUCUCGUGAACUUGAUCAAAAACAUUGGCCUAAAGAUAUUAAUACUCAACUGACAUUUGGAGAAGAAGAAAUUAGAAACUUGUCAAUCAGAUUGCAACUAAAUAAAAGGGAAAUGAUUCAUGGAUUCCAUGAAUAUGUUCUUGAAAAGACAUAUCCAGAAGAACUACUGCAUUUGAUAAAUACUUUGAAUAUCAUUCCUAUAUCUUCAAGUGAAUAUGAAUGCGGGUUUUUGCAGAUGAAGCAACAAGAACUUCAUUAAAGACUAAGACAAUUUCAGCACUUUUAUUCAUCAAACUUGUCGGACCGCCUCUGAAACUUUUCGAUCCUUCAAAAUACGUUGAUCUCUUGUUACUCAGAGGACGUCAUUCGGCCACAGAUACUAACAGUAUAAAAAGAAGUUGAGAAGAUUUGUUAGACGAAA